CAGAAACCCACCUUUGAGGGCUUGGGCAUCAGCAAACAAUGUCUAUGCUCUCAUCACCCGUCGCCAUGGGUGACACGACUCCGCAACAACGGAAAUCGAAGCCGACGACGAAGCCACGCCAGACAACGCAACGAAGAGUCUACGGGAAACGGAGAGCGGACGCUGCUAGGGCGGUGUUUGAUCAGAGAAGUCCUGCAAAGGAAGUGGAGAAGGCAAAGAAGACCAUCGUCCAGGAUGCGAUCGAAAAUAUUCAAGUCAAGUUAGCGGAGGUUCAGUUGGACGAGACACCGGUACCGGAGGAGACAAUAUCAGAGAAGGAGACAGCACUAGAGCAGUGCCUAGAGACAGAUGCGACUCCAUCUUCCAAUAAUGAAACACCCGUACAGACCGUCGAAGUGCAAGACAAGCCGAUCCCUAUCGAAUCCUCGCCUCCGAAGACAUCCCCUAUAACGGCGCCGAAGCGAUACGAGAGGAUGGUGGAAGUUAGGAUUAGCACACGAACGUCCCUCGAGAAAAAAUUGGAGUCACAGACGCCGGAUCAGCCUACAACAACAAGUGAUAAGGAACCCAUCGAGAAGACACCGGCGCCGGAGAAUGGCCUCGAAUCUGCAACAGCAAGUGAGACCCAAUCUGCAACGGCAACGGAGAAAAGAUCGACGCGGAGAAAGAAUAUUUCCCCAAGGGUGUCAUCUGGCUACGUCAUGGAUGCAAAAGCGAAUGCCUAUGUCCAGCCUAUUCUAGACGAGGCACUAUCCCCGGUCGCGGCAGGGAGCGUCCAGAAGUUCAGUUCGUGGGCAGCUCGUGGCGGAAACAUGCUGCAGGUUGUCAAGAUUGCGGAGGGCUCAUACGGUGAGGUGUAUAAGCUUCGUCUGCGCGAAGAGGUCUGCGAGAAGGAGAUGUCUAAGUCGAAACUUGCGCGUCUCAGGGCGUAUGGCGACGGCGUAUUCAAGAUUGUUCCUCUGCGUGCAAAGAGCGGCCCGGGAUCAAAAAAGCAUACCAGUAUCAAUGAGAUCGUCUCGGAAGUGAGGAUGCUCAAAUACUUGGAUCCAAUCCCGGGAUUUGCUCGCUUCAGGGAGAUCCAUGUCGUCCAGGGCCGAUUUCCCGAAUCUUUCCAAAAUGCAUGGGACUACUAUAAAGAGACCAAGGAUGACUGUCUCAAUCCCAACCCAUCAAACAAGAGAGCCUACCCCGAUACCCAGUUGUGGGCAAUUGUUGAGAUGGACGAUGCCGGGUGUGAGCUGGAGAAGUUUGCCUGGUCGUCUAUCUUCCAAAUAUACGAUAUCUUCUGGGGCGUCGCCAUGGCCCUUGCCCGUUCUGAAGAAUAUGCACAAUUUGAGCAUCGCGAUCUCCAUCUUGGAAAUGUCUGCAUUCGGAGUACACGGCCGGACGGCUGUAUGGACCCUCCAACAUCCACGGAUAUCAUGUCCCGGUCGUCUGCAAGUGGCUUUGGUCUCAGCACCCUAGAAACUACAAUCAUUGACUACUCGCUCUCACGAGCGGAACUGCGAUCCGUUGAAUCAGGCGAGAUAGUGGAUGUUGCCUCGUCGGAUCUUGACAAGAAACAGAUCUUCGACGCCAUCGGCCGUGACGAGGACGAGAUUUUGCUGAGAGACACCUACAGACACAUGCGCGCAACUCUCUACACGGGGAAUCCCAGCGAGGCCGAGAAGCCGGCUGAUGUCCCAGGGAUCUGGGCUGAUUAUGCGCCUCGAACAAAUCUCGUCUGGCUUCUAUUCCUGCUCAAGUCUCUUCUCAAAAACAAAAAGUCUGAGCCUACGCCGUCAAAACCGGCUAGGCAAGCCCUCGCUCCAUGCACCCCCAACAAGACCAUCAAACAAGCUGGGAAGUCGGGCAAGAAAGACAGCAAGCCUCAAUCUGGCGUCCUCACUGUAGGAUCACAGGACAAGGUGGUCUCAAAACUCAAAGACACGCUUGGAAAGAGACUCGAUGCUGUUUUGGAGCUCCUGGAUCUAAAGCAUGGGCAUGAAGACAUGUGCUGUGCGGCGGAUUUAGUCGCCUACGCGAUGGACUCGCAGUGGCUAGAUGAGAGGGACUUUUUCUAAUACUUUGGUUGCAUUACAGGGGGGUUGUAUUGAGGCGCCUUGCAUUUUUUUUUUCUGUUAUAGAUACACCCGGUCAGCAUGGUGUUGGUUAUUACUUUGGUCGAUGAUUUUGUUUGCAUAUAUAGAGCGUGCAGGUGUUGA